CCGUUUGUCUUCGUCCCUCAUCCGUUGGGUUGCAGGACUUCCCUCGGCCCUCUGGGUCAUCGCCAUCCGCCAUUUUCCUUCUCCUCCCGGGAAAAAGAACGAUACUGAAAGGAAAAGAUAAAGGAAUAGUUUCUCUUACGAAUUCUGCUAUUUGUUUCUGAAUUCGAUUCUCUAGGAGGAGGAGAAGGGGGACAGGCGAGAUCAAAGGGCUAUUUGUUUCUGAAUUCGAUUCUCUAGGAGGAGGAGAAGGGGGACAGGGCGAGAUCAAAGGGUCCGAGUAGGGCUUCCGUGCACCCAACCUUGCCAUUUCCUGGUUUUUGUUUGUUGAUUUUCUCGGAGGGCGACCUAUGGUUCGUCGUUGGCGUUUGAAUUGCAGAACAGAUUCUUGGAGGGAAGAGAAAUAGGCUUCAGUUUGGAAAUAUUCUUUGAAGGAGGUGAAUUGGGGUUCUAGAUUGGGCUAAACUGGGAACCUGGGACCUCCGGAGGCGUGUUGCCUCCGUCGCAGGAGGAGGAGAGGGCAGGAAUGAGGGCGCCAGAGACUGGCUUCUGGCUUGGGGCGAGGCGGACGAUGUGUGGGCUGCGGCAGUCGGUCGAGGAGACGGCGGCUUCAGCCAUGAAAGCGAGCACGACUUGGCUCUGAUGGUAAAGGACUUCGUGGAGAAUGGGAGCAUUGGCGCGGAGUCUUGGUGCAGCAGCGACAGCGACUCCGGGCUUCUUGAUCUCGCUCAGUGUGCAAAGAAGAUCCACUCCUUGAGGCAUUCAACCGACCAGUCUGAAAGUGACUUGUUUGCAACAUUGGGUUCACUCGUCCUGUCCAUUGGUGAGACAGAUCUUCAGUAUCUCAAAGCCAGAGCCUGCAAUUGCAGCUGCAUUCGCUUGUUGCUCGUUAAGCUUUUGAGGCUUUCUGGUUAUGAUGCGGGCAUAUGUAUUGCCAAGUGGGAGGCUUCUGGGAAGGUGCCUGGAGGUGUUCACGAAUACAUCGAUGUUGUUUCUUAUGGUAAUGCUGGGAGCUGCGAGCGAACAAUCAUAGACAUUGAUUUCCGCAGCCAUUUUGAGAUAGCAAGAGCUGUUGAAUCAUAUGAUGCAAUGUUGAAUGCUCUCCCUCUGGUUUAUAUUGGUAGUAUCUCCAAGUUGAAGCAGCUUCUCCAAGUUAUGGUUGAAGCUGCAAAAUCGUCAUUGAAGCAGAAUUCCAUGCCUUUUCCACCUUGGAGAUCGCUUGCUUAUCUUCAGUCAAAAUGGCAGUCUGCGUACGAGAGAAAAGUAAAUGUUGAUGACCAGAAGGUUUGCUCUUCGUGUUUUGACCAUAACCAAUGCGUCGAACAUCUGAAGAGGAUGAAAACUUUCCUGCAAUCUGAAACCGAGGUAGAACGUUUGUUCAAGCCGAUUAUCAAUGAAAGUAAUUGGAGGGUUAAAAUUGAUGGCGGAAGGCGUCUGGUUUAUGGAUCCUGAUUUUGUGGAGGAAGCUCGCUUCUGCUUGCCAUCCUCCUAUCAUUCUGUACGUUUUAAUCUCAACUAUUGGUGAUCUAUGUUGUCAAAGUUGCCAGGCGCCAUGGCGACAGUCUGCGCCUAGCGUUUAAGUGUAACCAGGCGUGCCUUGGGCACGAUUAGGCGACCAUUUUAAAUUUUAUUUGGAUUAGCUGGGGGUGCUGCCGGACCAGUGAGAACCAGUUGGAUUCUCCGGAAUGCUCCUUCGUAGACUGCAAAUGAUGGCUGAUAAUUGACGGGGUUCACUCUAGUGCCUUGAGCCCGGAGGUAGGGAAGAGAAGACUUCAGCCUUUCUUUGGGCAGCUUCCUUACCGUUUUUUUCAAUGUCCAACUUCACUGGUUUAUUUAUCAGUGACACAUUGAAUAUGUAAUUAAUCCAAGAGACGACAAAAUGUUUUUAAUGGAUUCAGCAACAGGUCAUUGGGUCUUCCCUAUUCUCAGGACUUGUCUGGAAA